CCUCCUUUCCUGGUCUGUCUUACUCCUUAAAACACAGCCUUCCUAACGUUACAGCAAGCUGCUGAAGUUUCUCAGCUUCGGGGAGCCAGGGUAAUCUCUGCCGAAGACCUUCUGUUUUUGAUGCGCAAAGAUAAGAAAAAACUGAGAAGACUGCUAAAGUACAUGUUUUUCCGAGACUACAAAUCCAAGAUUGUCAAGGGCAUCGAUGAGGAUGAUCUUCUGGAAGACAAACUGAGUGGCAGCAAUAAUGCAAACAAAAGACAAAAAAUUGCCCAAGACUUUCUCAACUCUAUUGACCAAACAGGAGAACUCUUGGCAAUGUUUGAAGAUGAUGAAGUCGAUGAAGUUAAACAAGAAAGAAUGGAGAGAGCAGAAAGGCAAACUCGAAUUAUGGAUUCAGCUCAAUAUGCAGAAUUCUGUGAAAGUCGACAAUUAAGUUUCUCCAAAAAAGCCUCCAAAUUUCGAGACUGGUUGGACUGCAGCAGUAUGGAGAUAAAACCCAAUGUUGUCGCUAUGGAAAUUUUAGCAUAUUUAGCAUAUGAAACUGUGGCACAGUUAGUGGACCUGGCUCUUCUUGUGAGGCAGGACAUGGUAACCAAGGCAGGAGACCCCUUCAGCCAUGCCAUUUCUGCAACCUUCAUUCAGUAUCACAACUCUGCUGAGAGCACUGCGGCCUGUGGUGUUGAGGCUCACAGCGAUGCCAUCCAGCCCUGCCACAUCAGAGAGGCCGUUCGACGCUACGGCCACAAGAUUGGCCCCCUUUCCCCAUUCACAGCAGGCUGUAUCUUGGAGAGUAGAGGAGGAAUUCCAACAAGGAAAGAGGAACAUUUGACAACGAAGAGAAACUUUCUGAGCAGAAUAUCCAAAAAGGACAAGAUCUUGAGAUUUGAACGUGUUAUUGCAGUUUCUAGGUUUUUGCAGUCUUCUGAGGGAAUGGCCAGAGACCACGCCUGCAAUAGCUUUGAGCUGGUGUGUAAGUUGCAAAGCAUCAUUUUUCUAAACUUUGGUGAGCGGUUUCCAUCUCGGUGCGAACCCAUUAUCCCUGCCACCACACCCCCAAAACAUGAAAUUGUAAGGAACGAGAGCAGCACCAACUCCGACAGUAGACUUUUGAGGACUGGUGGACGGAUAUGCCGUUAG